AUGAUGGUAGUGAUGACCAUAGAUUUAUCAGGUCUAAUUUCUUCAGGUCAAAAGUCAAACUUUGCUAAACCUGCUAUUUCAAGUCACUCUCAAUCACGAGCUGAUGUGAGAAGUUCAGAAUUUAUUGUUGCUAAGGCACUUCGUGACCUGGUUCGGUGCAUUACUGAAAGGUCUGUGGCUUUUCGGGAUUAUGACAUGGAGCUGGCCUUAAAGAAUGUACCCACCUUCGAACUGACCGUCAUCGGCUGGUCAGCCUCCCCCUUUGCUACAUUCACUACAACCUAA